AUGUUCCUGAUGGGGAAACAUAAACCGAUUUACGAUCCAUCUACAGACUGUGGUGAUUAUGUCGUUGCUCUCGGAUGCCGCAAUCUUCGUACUACGGGAAAGAAGAGAGCUCAAAAGCUGUACUAUACACACAACACCAGGCCGGGAAGUUUGAAGUCGAUGUCUAUGGACCAGAUGAUUGAAAAAUGGGGAGGCGCCGAGGUCCUGAGAAAGGCUGUCAAAGGAAUGCUGCCAAAAAACAGACUACGAGAGAAGAGAAUGGCUCGGUUGAAGGCUUUCGAAGGACUUGAGCACCCGUAUAAAGAAAAUAUUGUCAAACUCAACGGACAAAAUACCUCUAUUACAGACAUGCCUGAAGUGCGUGAGGCACUACAGAAUGCGAAAACGGAAGCUCUCUCGCAUUAG